GGGGGAAGUGUGCCGUCUGCUUGGUCCUUGAGGCUCUCGAUAAAUCAGCGUUGUAGUUCCCGUUGGGGGAUGGCUAGUGGCAGUGCGUUUGGGCGUCGCGAGAGGAGGUGGGAAGACAUGGCAGUAAUCUUGAACUUUUCUGUUUACCUCUGGCCCAGAUGUGUGUUACUGCGAUCCUCAAAGUGAAAAGCACAAAAACAGACUGCAGAGUGGGAGGUGACAGGCUUAGAUAGAAAGGCGUCACUGGCGUUCCGGAGUGACCCCUCUGCCUGCUGUCCAUCAGAAUGUUCAUCUUUACUUUCACAGAGAUUAACUUAAUCAGUACUCGCAAUGUUUUUACCUGGUGUUGGGGGAACAGAGUAUCCUACAUCUGGACACUAUAGGGUGCCUGAAGCAGUCCCUCAGAUUUAUGAUUACUGUGAAGACUGUAAAGCAUAUGUUAAAUUUGUCUGAAGUAGUUAUGAUAGGCUUCUGAAUCUAAAAGGAUUAAACUAUUAAUUUGUUUACUGCUUUCAAAUAUUUUGUUUUGGGAGGGAAACUGUCUAGUGAAUUUCAUUUUUUAUUCCCUUGGAUUAAUUUGGUAUGUUUGUGUUCUGUUUCCAGUAUUGCAGGAAGAUUAAGCUGGGAAAAAAACAUAAGCAUGAGAACUAAAACUUAGGAGGAUGAAACUAACUGUGUUAUAGUUUGUAAAUCCCUUUGUUUACAAAAUAAAUCAGUGAGUUUAGCUGAUAGUGACCCUUUGUUGUGUGUUAACUGGUUUGUUGUGUAGAAGGUAUUGCGGAUCUGAAAGAGAUGAUGCAAGAAAUAAAAAAGGCUUAGGAGUUACUUGCACCUUGUCUUGACAAUAUCUAUGUAUUUUGUUAGUGAAAAGAUUAAAAAAAAAUCCUCCUGUAGGCCAUUGUGUCUGUCUGUAUUCAGCUUUGAUCCCCAAAUGUGUCUUUUAUGUCUCAAAGUUUUGCUCUCAUAAUGCUUAUCCCCCAAAACUUAUUCUGAGGUACUCAUGUAUCAUGAUUUCAUGUAGCUGUGGUUUGAGAAGUGCUUACCUUCAGGUGUCCAACCCUGCCUCUCUGUCUGAAGUUUCUCUGUCUACAGUAGAGCUGGCAGAAUGCAAUGUGUGCCCAGUUUCAGCCACUCUAGAGGAAAACCUAUGAGUUUACUUAAACUCGUUUUUAUUAGCAGUUCAAGCUAAGCUGCUGGACUUUGCAUUGAAAUAGGUCAAGUAUGGGCUUGUGUUCUGUCCUGUCAGUUCCUCUGGGGAAGAAAAGAGGUGAGAAUAAAGGCAAUCAUUUCUGGUAGAAAAGAAGUAACAAACAGAAGGAAGCAUCUUAAAUUCCUCCUGAUGUUUGCUAAACAAACUUAGGUUGUUGCCCAUUGUCAGUUACCAUAAAUCCGUCACUAUGAAGAAAAAACAUUUUCUGUAUAUGUAUAUACACACAGAUAUGUUGUCUUCUGUUUCUUUAGCUGCUGUAAAAUGUAAGAACUAGCAUACUAAAGAUAAUAUUAUGGCUCAAGACAACAGGAAAGAGGAACAUAUUAAAAUGUCACCUGAAGUUGCCUUGAACAGAAUUUCGCCAGCGCUCUCACCUUUCAUUUCCAGUGUGGUCAGAAAUGGAAAAGUAGGACUGGAUGCUACUAAUUGUUUACGGAUUACAGACCUGAAGUCUGGGUGUACGUCCUUGACCCCUGGACCCAGCUGUGAUCGGUUUAAGCUACAUAUACCUUAUGCUGGAGAAACACUCAAAUGGGAUAUAAUUUUCAAUGCUCACUAUCCUGACCUGCCACCGGAUUUUAUCUUUGGAGAGGAUGCUGAAUUUUUGCCAGAUCCUUCUGCCUUGCAUAAUUUAGCUUCUUGGAAUCCCUCAAACCCUGAAUGCCUCCUGCUUGUUGUGAAAGAGCUUGUCCAGCAGUAUCACCAAUUUCAAUGCAGCCGAUUACGGGAGAGCUCUCGUCUCAUGUUUGAAUAUCAGACUUUACUUGAAGAGCCCCAGUAUGGAGAAAACAUGGAAAUCUAUGCUGGCAAAAAAAACAACUGGACUGGUGAAUUCUCAGCUCGCUUCCUCUUGAAGUUGCCUGUAGAUUUCAGCAAUAUUCCUACAUACCUUCUCAAGGAUGUGAAUGAAGAUCCUGGAGAAGAUGUUGCACUUCUUUCAGUUAGUUUUGAGGAUGCAGAAGCUACUCAGGUUUUUCCUAAGCUGUAUCUCUCCCCACGUAUUGAACAUGUUCAGGUUAAUCAAAGAUUUUUUUGGAAAUGCUGCAAUUUUCUGCACAGACCGAGGGUGAGAUCUUGGUUCCGUUCCAGACUUGCUCUUGGAGGAUCAUCUGCCCUUCACAUUCCAGCCUUUCCUGGUGGAGGUUGUCUUAUUGACUAUGUACCCCAAGUAUGCCAGCUACUAACAAACAAGGUACAAUAUGUUAUUCAGGGAUACCACAAGAGAAGAGAGUAUAUCGCAGCUUUCCUGAGUCACUUUGGAACUGGUGUGGUGGAAUAUGAUGCAGAAGGCUUCACAAAGCUUACUCUGUUGCUGAUGUGGAAAGAUUUUUGCUUCCUUGUUCACAUUGACCUACCCCUAUACUUUCCUCGAGACCAACCAACCCUAACGUUUCAGUCAGUCUACCACUUCACUAACAGUGGACAGCUGUACUCCCAGGCCCAGAAGAACUACCCUUACAGCCCACGCUGGGAUGGCAAUGAAAUGGCCAAGAGAGCAAAGGCGUAUUUCAAAACAUUUGUCCCUCAGUUCCAGGAGGCAGCAUUUGCUAAUGGAAAGCUUUAGACAACCUUGGGCGCUGAGGCGAUACCGGAUAGAUUCUUCAGUCUACACGUGUCAGCCCCCACGAAUUCCUGGACGUGGGUUGGAUCGUCUCAACAGGUGCUUUCUUGCCUCAGAAAUGGGUUAAAUUGCUUCAGUUUUUGUCAGAUUUGGGAAACACAGACCUCAGCUAGUAAGCUCAAAACCGAGUAUUUGAUAGUCACCCUUAUCCCAUCGCCUCUGUCACCACUACUCCUUUAUGCAUCUACUGGAUUAAUUUUAAAAGUGUCUGUUUAGAUGUGAUAGCAUUUUCCUGUGCCAAAAAUGUGCUAUGUGUUAUGCCUUGUUUCAGAACUGCUUGUCUUCAGAUGGUGUUGAUUGGAUUGUUCCACAAAAAUAUUUUGUCUGUUUUGAACCUUUGUAUAUUUAGUUAACAUUUCCAGUGUAACCUAAGAGCAUAUAAGACUGCCGUAUGUACCAGAAAUGCCUAAUGGACUACAUAGUGCCAUAUUCUGCCUUGGAUGAUUGCAUCUGAUUAUGGUUGUUACUCUCACAGGUAUGGAUAUGAGUUGUGCAGUUCAAUUCUCAGUGCCUUUCAGGUUGGUCUGAUAGUAAUAUGGCAGGGUUUGGAGUUUUUUUCUCAGUUGUAAGGUCAUCCUGUAUUAAAUGCUUUGGUUUUAUGCUUUGUUUUUAUUUCCACUUGUAUACUUUCAGUAUUUUUCUAAAGAAUUUUCCUUUCUGUUAUGAAAAAGUUCUACUGCUUUAGUACCACUGCACAAGGAAGUAGUUAUAUAAAUUAGUAUAACAAAAUAAAUCUCUUUGCUAGACCUAUAAUUUUUCCAAGUAAGAUAAAUACUACUGAGGAGCAAACUUUUCACAAAAAAAUGAAUGAUGUUGUGGAAAACAACUGAUAGAAUAAUACAGGGCUAUAGAUGUAUUUAGCUUAAUGCUUAAGUUCAGCAUGUCUUCUCAGAAAUUAUUUUAAGUGUAUAUAACUGGAAACAUUACCUCCCCUAAUUCUGAAAUGCCAAAUGCAAGAUCCUGCCUAUUCAUCCUUCCUUUCAUGCUGUGUGUCAGGCGCACCAGACACGGCAAACUCUCAUGGUGUCACUUCCCAAAUUAAUUUGUAAAUAGACCAGGGUACUUUCCAGUAAGGAAUAAAAUUAACUGUGUAUGUUGUUUAUAAAUGGCAUAUGGAAAAUGUACCCUACUUCUGCUAAAUGUAAGGAACUAAAUGAACUGUAUGCAGUUGAUACAGCGGCACUGAAAAAACAUUUAAUUUGAAGUUAUUCACUAUAUCACCACUAUCUGCUUAUGCAAUGGAAUCACAUCAAAAUAACUGAUUGGCAGUAUUCCCCCUAGCCUUUCCAACACUCGGGAUUUUUACUAAAAUUGGUGCUUUUCAGUGAAAUAUCCACCUAAGGAAUAGAGAUAGAUUUUGUGCAUUGAAGCUUAAUAAUUAAAAAUUCCGCAAAUAAUUUGACCCUAGAAACUACAGAUAUUUUUAGCUAUCUUAUACACAGAAUUCGAGCUUGUAUCUUGUAGUGAAGUUCUUGACUGGAAAUUAAGCUGCAAUCAAAAUUAGAGGCCUUAUUUCAAAUCUGCUGAAAAGGGGUCAUGUUCUGUCCUCUGAGCCAUCCUCCUGUGACUCUGGCUACUUUAUAUGAGAGCAGUAAACAUCUCCAGAGGUCUGAGGCUGCCUUCUCUCUCUGGAGGCAUUGUGUUGGGCUUUUGUAUGCGAAUCAAGACUUACAGCAGACGUGGAGGGGUUUGGUUUUAUGUGAAUAGUAAAGCUGUAACUCGACAACCUUAAAUGACUAAAAACAGACAUCGUUGAAUAUACUGCGACACUCUCAAAUCUGCGUUUCUUCAGGUAAAAAUCAAAGCCAGACACACACACUGAAGAAUAAGCUAACUCUUGUGACUGAGGAGGGGGGAGGAGGAGGGCUAAUGAAAAACAUUUGUUUUCAUAAUAUUCAAAAUCUUAUAGAAACAAUCUCUAGUUAAUCUUCAAAAGGAAAAAAAAUCUCAACAAGUUUCGUCUGUAGAUCCCUGGAGCCUUACUUUUUAUAGCAGUGUUUGAUUCAGCAUUGUAGUCACCACCCCAUGAACACAGUAUUAGUUUUAUGUACUUGAUUGCCCUUGAUACAAGUGUCACCAAUAAUUUUUUUUUAACUUUUCAGUAAUUACCAUGAUGCUCUCAAAGGCUAGCAAUUGUGAAACGUUUAAAAAGGAAGUCCAGUCUUCACAAUUCACAUUCCUAACCAAAAAUGUGUCCUUCAACUAAGUCUGAAGAAUUUUGGACAAAGGACUGCUUUAUUGUUAAGGUGUAAGUGUUUCAGAAGCUUUGUGAGAAAAGACUUUGAGGAUAUAAAAAGCCCAAACCAGCCAUUGCUUAUGUUAAGUUAACUGGUGUUUCACCAACUUUUCACUAGCAUAUGUAAAAACAAACUGGUGGUUUCAGUAUGAUCUUACCUGACCAGGUGUUCGUCUCUUUCGUGCCACUAGCACUAUUCGGCAAAAGUUUAGGUAGAAAAGUUGAGAAAUUAUAUUGCUUGUGUUUGGGAUAAAGUCUGCAAGCCUAUCAAUUUUCAGGUUAGGAAAAAGGCAUUUUUUCUUAAACAAAACGAACAUUUUUGUUAUUUCAAAGCCCCCCUGCACUCUUUGACCCACCCAGUAUUUUACAGAACCCUUCCUGACAGUUCUCAGGAGAAUGUAUUCUGGAUUUCAGCAGUACAAAUGGGAUAUUAGGAGGAAAGACGUGGCUAUGAGUGAAUUCUUCUCUUCUAAAAGAAGAUUACGUAUAGAUACUAAAACAAAAGAGAGAAUUGGUUUGAAUAAUUUUAUAUCAAAUCAAAUAUUUAUUGUAGCAAGUUACGUUAGCCACAAGAGUUGUAAUCUAAUAAACUGGAGUUAAUUCUAGUAUCUCUUGUUGUAUGGUAAUAUCCAUUUUGGCCAGUUUGAUGGGAAUGAGACUUUCAGCUCUUUCUUUCCUGCUAUGUGAUAUAUGCAAUUAAAACGAACAAUCAAACCUAGGCUAGUUUCUGUGGUUUAUGAGAAUCACAAAACAUAUGAGAAAAGUAGCAAUGUUAGGAACAUAUCUGAAAGCUUAAGUUUACUCUGUCAGAAUUUUAACUGAAGGAAUGCAGUAAAUCUUUAUUCACUAGACCCCAUUAAUGCACAAUUUUCCAAAGGUCCUUAGAGCUCAAACUUACAGCUGAGCUGAUUUAUUCAUCUGUGUACACAAUCCACUGUGCUAAAAGUAAUACCAAAUAAUUUAGAUUCAAAGCUAGAAUUUUUGUGAACUUGCUGCAAAGCCUGGAUAAACAUCUGGAAGAAUAAAUAAAAAUUAACAAUA